AUGAGUGAGCAGGUUCACCUAGCAGAGUACCUCUUCGUCAGACUCAAGCAGCUUGGGGUCGAUUCCAUCCAUGGCGUUCCUGGCGACUACAACUUACAGGCCUUAGAUUACAUCGAGCCCGCAGGUAUCAAUUGGGUCGGCAACGCCAGCGAGCUUACUGCAGGAUAUGCAGCAGAUGGCUAUGGACGCAUCAAAGGCGUAUCUGCGUUGAUUACAGCAUUUGGUGUGGGCGAGUUAUCAGCGAUCAAUGCCAUCGGCGGCGCAUAUGCAGAAAUGUCACCUGUCGUUCAUGUUGUUGGGACACCACCAACGGCAGCACAGAAUGCAGGAGUAGUUCUACACCACUCUCUAGGAGAUGGAAAUUUCCGGAUUUUCGCAGACAUGUAUGCUAAGGUUACAGUGGCUCAAGCAAACUUGACGGACGCCUCAACAGCAACUUCCAUGAUCGACCGAACGCUACGAGAAUGUGUUCUACAAAGCAGACCUGUUUACAUUGAGCUGCCGACGAACAUGGUGUCUACUAAAGUCUCUGCAAGGCCUCUUCAACGUCCUCUCGAUCUGUCGAUACCUCACAACGACGAAGGCUUCGAAGACGCUGAAGUCGAGCUAAUACUAGCUAAAAUCUACGCCUCUAAACAACCCUUCAUCAUCGUCGAUGGUUUUACUGCAGCACUCGAUAUCACGAAAGAAGCAGAUGAAUUGGUUAGAAUAACAGGCUUUCCAACUUCGACAACGAGUUUUGGCAAAGGCAUCGUCAAUGAGACAUAUUCGAAUUUCCAUGGCAUUUAUGCUGGUGAAGCAGGAAAGCAGGUAUAUCGACCCUGGGUAGAGUCUUGCGACCUGAUCCUCCGAAUUGGCCCUCUAGCCUCAGACGUAAACACGUACGGCUUUACAACUCUACCGAAUCCCAAGAAGACGAUUUCAUUCCAUCGUAACACCGUGGAGAUUGGCGAUUCCAACAGCUUUAACAACGUUCACGUAAAGCCACUCCUCCGUAAGAUCCUCAACCGACUAGACAAGUCCAAUCUACCUCAAUAUGAUCCAUACCCCGACCUAGGCGACCCAGCAGAACAGCUUAGACUCCUUCCACCCACCAAACCUGAUGGAAUAAUUGACCAAGAGACCUUCUGGCAACGCAUCUCGACCUUCUUCCGCUGCGGCGACAUCAUUCUCACAGAAACAGGUACCCCCUCCAUAGGCGGCCGUGACUUCGUCCUCCCUCCCCAAACCACCCUCAUCAAUUCCGGCAUAUGGCUCUCAAUCGGCUACAUGGCAGGCGCAGCUCAAGGCGCAGCCCUCGCACAUCGCGACAUCGUGCACUCAAUCAGCAAACUCUCCUCCACCACCAUCGACGCCAACAGCAGCGCCGUCAUAGCUGCCAACCCACCAACAAGCCGAUCUUCCCAACAAACCUUCAGUAAGCGAACCAUCCUCUUCAUCGGCGACGGGUCCCUCCAAAUGACCGUCCAAGCAAUCAGCGACAUCAUCCGCAACAAACUCGCCCUCACCAUCUUCGUCAUCAACAACGACGGCUACACGAUCGAGCGAUGGAUCCACGGCAUGAAAGCAAAGUACAACGACAUCCAGCCCUGGCGAUAUCUCCUCGCUCCAGCCUUCUUCGGCGCAGACAUGGAUUCUGCCGAUUAUCCUAUCGUUACACAUCGAGCAGAAGUAUGGGGACAACUAUGGGAUUUGCUAGAGAAGAAAGAGGUCCAGGAAUGUAAAGGUUUGACGAUUAUCGAGGUCAUGAUGCAGCGUGAAGAUGCGCCUGAUGCUCUGAAGAAAUUGGUUGCGAAUGCGGCUCGGCGAAAUAGUGGGAUUAAGCAGGAGUUGGCGAAUGGUCAUGGUACGAGUGAGAAGGCCAUCUCGGCGGCUGGUUAG